UCUUCCUUUCUCGCCUCUUGCCUUCUUCCCUGGUGGCAUCUCUCUACAUUCGUUUCACUUCACACUAUUAUCAUUUCCGAACUCCCUCCCCCCAGCUCCCAGAUCCCUGACCACCUUACCUGGUAUCCCUGUUUCUUUUAGAAUGUCGUCCCCUAUCAAACCCCAGCAUUUCUGCACCCGGCCGGAUGGCGUUUCUACUCCGCUCAUCGCGGUCGAUGAGCUCCCUACACAGAUUUCGAUCCGCGGGGUCCCUCGGACUCUGCAGCCCGACCAAACCCGGGGGAUGACGAGCCUUGGAACGGUGGCCCCUAGGAGAUCUCGUACUUAUGUGGUCGACUGUUCUGGUUACGCUCCGCGUUCCAGCCGCCCCCCUCAGGAUUCCGAUCAGCAGGCCAUGGUUGUCCGGCUCCUCAGGGACGAAAGCCUCCCUGAUUCAUUGCGUCUGGCCAUGGCCACUUUGCACCAACAUGGCCUCCUACAUGGCCUGCUUGACACGGACUCUUCGUGGGUGGGUUCGAGCGGUGGUGCUGGUGGUAAUGGUGCUGGUGGCAAUGGUGCUAAUGGUGGUAAUGGUGGUAAUGGUGGUUCCAAGCAGGGCCCUCAGAUCAACCCCAAGAAGAUCUUUUGUUCGUACUGGAUCCGGCAUGGAGAGUGCGAUUACAUCCAGCAAGGCAAGUCGACGGGUUGCAUUUAUCGCCACAUCAUGCCCCUAGAUCUGCAGACGUUGGAUAUGCUUGGCCUGCGCGAUAUUCCUCGGUGGUAUCGCGAAAAAUAUAAUAUUCCGAGCCUGCUUUUGAACGGGCAUCAUCAACGAUCCCUUCCCGACGUCGCAAACCUCUCCCCGAUGGACAGCGCCGCGUUCCCCGAACUCCAGUAUCCGACACGGCCGCAGAUCGAGGGGGUGCCAGAUAUUCCUGAAAUCCAAACCGAGAUCAAGCAAGAUGCAGCUGGCCCCUCUCUUCCCAUGCCGCAGUCGUCGCUGGCGCUGCCUGGUCCUUCCCGGCCUGCUUACGAGUCGAGGAAGGCUCCCGGCUCUCAGAAGCACGGAGCGAAGCAUCCUUCUGGCUCGAAAAGGCUUGAUCUCAUGUCACCUUUCGACAACACAGUCUCGGGCUUCCCUAAUUAUUCGACCGUGGGCUCUACAUCCGGGAACAUGUACGCCCUGGGUUAUCCACGUUCCCAAGAGGCCGCUGCGUUCGCGGCGAACCCAAGCGGGCAGGGGAACGAAUUCUUUAGAAACAUUCAAUCCUUGAUGCCUGGUACUAUGGCUGGAAACUCGGCAUCUCCAAUGGCUGGCCCCGCGCUCAGCGGUCUACCCCCUCAAGGCCGCUCCAGAAGGGCCCAGAGGUCUCGCCGUUUAUAUGAAGCACGCUCCAAUGCUGCUAGCCCUAAACUCGGCAAUACGGACGCCUUUGGUAGCUUCAAUAGGAAUCAAGGCCCAGCACUCUCGACCGUCCCGGCUCCAGUUCCCAUGGCUUCACUCGCGUCUCGUCUUACCAGUCCGAUCAUCGGACCCCUUGUCGGUAACACGUCCGAGCCUCCUACUCGCGAAUGCUCUCCUCGAAUCGAGCCCGGCUCUCUUUCCACGAAAUCCAGCCCCGAUUUCCUGCGCACUCAAGUGAACCCAAGGGGACGAAGACCGAGUUUUGGUGCCAUCGGUGCCAUGAGGGGUCGUCGCCAGCAGUCGUCCAACGGCUCCUCCCCCAAAGACAACUCGUUCAUGUCGGACUCGAAAUUCCGUGAUUAA